AUGCUCCAGUCUCUAAUUUUGUUGAGUCAGUUGACAGAGAAAAGCAACAAAUUAAAACGCCUGCAUCUCAAGAACAAAGGCAAAUCUUGUGUUACUGUUAGUAAUGCCAAACAUGAGAAAAACAACAUCAAGUCCUUUUUUUCAAAUAUGAGUCAAUGGUCAGGAAAAGAGCAUGACAAACGUGUUGAAGCAGUUAUGAAAAUGGUUAUCGGAACUGGAUCUCCAAUAACAAUUGUGGAUCAUCCAACUUUUAGGCAAAUGUUUCACAUUUCAGAUCCAAAAUUUAAACUUCCAGAAACUGAAUAUAGUUUACUUGCACCAGUUGCGUUAGAUUUAUUAUCUGCACCUGCUUCACAAGCUUACGUUGAGAGGAUUUUUUCGGUUUGUCAGAUGCUUACAUCUGGAAAAAGGAACAAAUUGGGAACAAUAAAAUCCGACGAUGACCCGAUCGCCAUAUUACCUCUUUUCAAGAAAACAGCGUCAACAGACGGUUCGAGAUUCACUUUGAGGGUACCUAGGAAUCGGGACCGCGGUACCGGUACUUUUACUGGUACCGUACAUCACUUGGUGACAAAGAAGAUGAAUUGUCAGGAACAUCAAAUGAGACAAAAGAUAAAGUUGUUGACAAAGAAAUCCAGUAUUCACACUAAAAGUCAACAAAAUUUUAAGGGCGAGAUUUGGAACCGAUUUUAUCGCAUAUUUUAUAAAAAUAGUGCAACGGCAUAUGUCUGUUGCAAAAAAUGCAAACUAAAAUAUAUCCUUAAGCAAGACAGGACCACCAAGACAUCCAGUAUGAAGAGUCAUAAGUGUCUCGUGGGUUGUAACCAACUGUCAAUAAUUAACUUCGUUAAGAAGUAUUCUCUGCAAGAUGUUUUAACCAUGAUUGAAGAUGAUGACAGCAUCAUUGAAGCUGACAUUUUUAUCAGUCCUCCUUCUGAUGGAAUAAAUUCAGAUGAAGAUGAUGUAUUGGAUGAAAUACAUGAUCAAGGAUCAUUCAAUGAUCUACCUGCACGACAAUUACUGGUAAGUGUUAGCAAGAAAAUAUUCAAGUACAUCGAGGCACAAAGACAUAAGAACUGGGCGGAUGACAGUGCUACUACAACGUAUACCCAGAUACGAUCCACUAUGACGGAGCUUUUGAAACUCGUCACAAGGAAAAUGGACGAUGACAUGAUAUUCACAGCGGAUAAAUUACUGAAAUCAGUCCUUUUCCGAAAAAACAAACAAGCGAGAGAAAAAAGGAGUAAGGACCUCUUCACCUUACAAAAAAGAAGAAACUCCAAAAAAAUUAAAUUGUCUGAGGAAGAAGAUGCCACUCCAUGUGGAUAUUGUAGAAAAUUAUUUAGCGACCCGAACAACAAAACAGAUUGGAUAAAAUGUUGUCAAUGCUACGUUUGGAUGCAUGAAACAUGUGCUGAACAAUCGGGUGUGCUUGAUGAUUUAAAAUUUUUGUGUGAAAAAUGUUGCAAUUAA